AUGGAGAAACGAAACCAAAAGAAACGCCAGCAAAAUGCCCAUCUCAGUUGUGAGCUCUGCCGUGAGCGUAAAGUUAAGUGUGAUAAGCUCGAUCCCUGCACUAACUGUGCGUCUGCGGGCGUGGUUUGUGUUCCUGUGCGCCGGCCACGAUUGCCCCGAGGUGCCCAUGCUCGACGCUUGCGGAGGAUCUCGCCAGAGGACCCCGAAGCGUCGAUACGGAUCGAUAUUUCUCCUGGUGCUGGCACGGCGGCCGAUGAAGACCUCAAGAAACGAAUUCGCAGGUUGGAGGCUCUGGUGGACAGUAUGCGUUCAUCUGCUAGCCAAAGCUCGAACCAGGACCAGGAAUCUCGGGAUGCCAUUGAAUCAAUUUCAAAUGAAACUGAAGAUGCCAGCGCACCGACGCCAGACUCGUCAAGAAUGCCCCUGGGUGAUGGCGGGUUAAGAGUGCUGGGUCUCAGCGGACCAUCCAACCUGGAAAUUGGAUGGGCCUCUAUCAUCGAGGACAAAGAGACAACGACGCAACUGUGCCAGGUGUAUCUACUGAACGUAGACCCGGUUAUCAAAAUUCUACAUCGGCCGUCUGUAGAAAGAUGGAUGUUACAGGGAGAACGAUACCUAGGAUUCCCUGAACGCCAUGCUGCAGUCGAGUCCCUGGGCUCAGCCAUCUGCUACGUAGCAGCCACCAGUUUAACGGAGACACAAAGUUGGGCACGUUUUCACGCAACCAAGUCCAGUAUUGUUGCCCGCGCGAGAAGAGCAUGUGAGGCAGCAUUAGAGAAGAGUAGUCCGCUGGUAUCUCCUGAAGUUACCACCCUCCAAGCGUUUGUAUUGUAUCUUGUUGCCAGGAGGUCAGAGGACCCAAGUCGUGCCGUAUGGACGUUAAUGGCAUUUGCGGUGCGAAUCGCCAAAGCGCUCGACUUACCUGGAGGCGCAGAUGAGACUUUCUUCGGCCAGCAGAUGCGGAAGCGGCUUUGGUUGACUAUCUGUUUGCUGGAUUUUCAGACCUCUUUAAGCCAACCUUCCGAGCCUCUAAUUAGCGUAGUAGAGGCCACAGCAUCGUUCUCUCCACCCAGGCACAUUAAUGAUUCUGACUUUAGCCUGACAACUUCCCACGACAUCCCUGACCGGGAAGGGCUGACAGACACCACAUUUUCCAUGGUGUCGUACCACGUACAGGUUGCGGGCCGGCUCCUCAAUUUCGAACCAUCAGUUGGAGACUACGAAACCCGGCAGCAGCACGUCCAACAAUUUGAGCAGAGGACGCUCCGUCUUUUAUUUUAUUGCGAUCCUGAAUCUACACCGUAUGCCUGGUUCACAUGGCAUCGUAUCCAGUGCUUCGUCUCUGGUGCAAGACUUUCAGCUGUCCGUCCGCUUAGGCACCCACGCGGCGGUAGCACUAGCUGUAUGAUACCAUUAACAGGCACAAAUGAAAGCGCGGGGCCCCUUUCACUGGCGUUAAAUGUUCUUGAGAAAGUGCAGCUCGUGCACACCGAUCCCCGUGGCGAAGGGUUCCGCUGGUUCGUUACGGUUCCAUGGCGGGCACUCGCCAUCGCCAUAUCAGAGUGCUAUGUCUGCCAGGAUAGAGCUUUGAUGCAGCGCGCGUGGCCCAUUGUGGAGGCCGCUUUUCAGCAACACGAGGCUGCUGUCUCAGGGUCUAGCAAGGCCAUCAGCACCACGUUGGAGAGAAUGAUGUGUCGUAUAAGGGAAAAGUUGUCGCUAACCUUAGGCACGAGUGCCAUAACCGCAAGUCCGACCUUUGGCAUUACGAGCAUAGCAACCACGUUGUCAGUACCGCAUACGCCUCCUUCGCAAUCUAGCAUCACGUCAAGUGGUGAUCUAUUAAGCAACUGGCCCUGGCCAGCAACAGAGCUUUCACAUCCCGGACCAGAUUUGGCAUUAGUAGCUGGGGUGGCCCCAAUUUCGUCAUCAUUACCGAAGCUGGACCCGUUAUUGCACUCACUCGAUAACCAGCUGGUGAUUGCUGCGCAAGAACCUUUAGUUGAUGCUGACCAGUCAUGGGCGUGGGAAGAGGUGAUGGCUAGCUUACACCAUGACGAAACUAUUGGAGCUGACAUGUUCCUUUCUUGA